AUGAAUCGUGACCGGCUGAUGAAUUAUGCAUCGACUUUCUCUUUCAGCGAGGGCUUUGGAAGAAGUCGCUGCUAUGUUUCACCCCUAAUUUCUCAGUUCUCGUCGGUCCCAAACAAAAUGGCAGCGUUGAACAUCAGCCACCUGUCGACGGCCGGCAAUUUGGAUCCCUACGUGGACAACUACGAGGUGGACUACGGCAUUCCGCCCGACGAAAUCCCCGACACCACACAGAGUCUGGCCUUCUACGUAGCCACCGUCAUCAUCGGCGUGGUCCUGGCCUGCAUCAUGCUGGUCUGCGGCUUGGGCAAUUUCAUUUUCAUCGCUUCGUUGACGCGUUACAAGAAGCUCCGCAACCUCACCAACUUGCUCAUCGCCAAUUUGGCCGUUUCCGACUUUUUGGUGGCGGUGGUGUGUUGUCCCUUUCUGCUCGACUACUAUGUGGUCAAACAACUGUCGUGGGAUCACGGCUUGGUGUUGUGCGCUUCGGUCAAUUAUCUGCGCACCGUCUCGCUCUACGUCUCCACUAACGCCUUGCUCGCCAUUGCGGUGGACAGGUACAUGGCCAUCGUUCAUCCUCUGAAGCCUCGAAUGAAGUACGAAACGGCCUACUGCCUGAUAAGCGGAGUCUGGAUGAUUCCAAUUGUCAUCUCCUUUCCGUCAGCUUACUUUGCUUCGGCAACUAAGUACCCUCAGGGCGGCGCCGCGUUGACCGCUCCCAAAGUCUUCUGCGCUCAGAUCUGGCCCGUGGACCAACAGGCCUACUACCGCUCCUACUUUUUGUUGGUAUUUGCCGUGGAGUUUGUCGGACCCGUGAUAAUCAUGGCCUUGUGUUACACCCAAAUCUCCCGCGAGCUCUGGUUCAAGAACGUGCCCGGUUUCCAGACGGAGCAGAUCCGAAAGCGACUGCGCUGCCGCCGCAAAACCGUGAUGGUCCUCAUCGGUAUCUUGAUGGCCUACAUCCUGUGCUGGGCCCCGUACUACGGCUUCGCCAUUCUGCGGGACUUCCACCCGACGCUAAUCUCCCGCCAGAAGAAUUCCCUGGUGGUCUUCUAUAUCAUCGAAUGCCUGGCAAUGAGCAACAGCAUGAUCAAUACUUUCUGCUUUGUCAGUGUCAAAAACAACACGGUCACCUACCUGAAGAAGAUUGUGCUGGUGAGAUGGAGGUCAACGUACGCCCCGGCUCGGACUGUGGAUGAACUGGACUUGAGGACCUCCUCCUUGCCUGUCACAGAAGAAAUUGAAUGCAUUCAUCUGAGGUAA